AUGAAAACUUUAACUGCAGUAUUAUUAAUAUCUUUAAUUUCUGUAUUGGGAGUGGCCACUAUCUACACUUUCAACUCUCAAAGAAAUACCCCUCUUGAAGAUUUCUCUUGCUUUACUUUCUUAUAUGGACGCACUAAAAAGGAAUUUUUAGCCUCAAACACUUGCGCUUACAACGUCGUUUUUGACUACGAUGUUACAAUUAAUGGUAAAACUGUUAGUUAGUCAACUGGUUGUUUAAAACCAAAUUAAUCUACUUUAAUGCCCCAUGUCACAGAUGUAUUACAAGUCUCAAAUAUGAAAGAAACCUAUAACUGUGUUUGA